GCACACAUUUAGACCCCGACAGUAAACUCUUUUUUAUUUUUAUUUUUUUUUUUUGAAAAAUUAAGCGAAUUGAAUAGAUAGAGAAAAAGAUACCAGAAAGGCCUUUGGCCCAAACAGCCCACUAGAGGCAAAUUACAAGCCCGGAGGCAAACCCAAUCCAAAGCCCAGAGCUAACCCCAACCCAAAGCAAAGAGAACUUCAUGUAGCAGAAAGCCGAUACAAGAAAUCUCAAACACAGUUCCGGUGAGCAAACCCGACGGUAAACUUGAUUUACAUGAAACCUAGAUUCCAACCUAGAGAGACCAGAGAAUAGAGAACCAACCUUGACGGCGUCGUUUGAUAAAGGCUUGACUGCUCUGCAACACCAUUUAUCAAGCACACCACCAACGCUCGCUGUGGGAAAGAUGUGAAGAAGCUCUAUGUCCUAUAUAUAAUCAUCUUAUAUAUAUCCAUUUCUGCAGAUCUGACUGCAAGAAGUCAGAUUAUUAUGGCCUUGUUCUCACCCAAGAAAGUCCUCAUAUACAAAGAUCGAUGCAUUUUCUCAAUAUCAAGACAUGUUUCUGCGAAAUUCAAACACUUCCACAGCUCACAGACCUCCAGCGAGAAUGGGGUCACAGUUGGAGAAAUCUCAACCAUUCUAAAGCACGACAAUUGGGAAUUGCUCAUAGAUUCAACAAACCUGCCCAGCAAGCUAAACCCAGAUGUGGUUCGAUCCGUUCUUCACCAAAACCAGGUGUGUGACCCCAAGCGCCUCCUGGGUUUCUUCGAUUGGUCUCAUCGCCAACUGGGUACCCCUCAAAAUUUGAAUUCUUUCUCAAUUCUUGCGAUUUUGCUCUGUAAUUCGAAUUUAUUUGCGCAUGCGAAUGGAGUUAUUGAGCGAAUGAUUGAAACCCGUAAGCCUGUUUCGGCAAUUUUGGAUUCUAUUGUUAGUUGUUAUGCAGAGUGUGAUGGGUCUAAAUCCAAUCCUGUGGUGUUUGAUAUAUUGAUUAAUGCUUAUAAGAAAAUGGGAAUGUUGAAUGAAGCUGCUUCUGUAUUUUUAGCUGCUAGAAAUGGUAGAUAUUUGCCUAGUUUGAUUUGUGGUAACUCUCUGUUGAGAGAUUUACUGAAAAGUAAUGCAUUGAAGUUGUUUUGGAAGGUGUAUGAUGGAAUGCUAGAGGCCAAGAUAGGUCCUGAUGUUUAUACUUACACCAAUGUGAUUAAUGCUCAUUGUAAGGUUGGGAAUGUUAAGGAAGGUAAAAGGAUCCUUUACGAAAUGGGGGAGAAGGGUUGUCGUCCCAAUAUAAUUACCUACAAUGUGAUUAUUGGAGGUCUGUGCAGCGCUGGGCUUGUGGACGAAGCAUUCGACCUAAAGAGGUCGAUGGCUGAGAAAGGGUUGGUUCCAGAUAGGUAUACUUACACAAUUCUUAUUAAUGGGUUCUGCAAAAAGAAGAGGUCCAGAGAGGCAAAAGUGAUUCUAGAAGAAAUGGUCAAUAUGGGUCUGAACCCUGACCAUUUUCCCUAUACCGUUUUGAUUGAUGGGUUCAUGAAACAAGCUGAUGUGGAAGAGGCUUUCAGAGUCAAGGAUGAGAUGGUUUCUCGUGGACUGAAGUUAAAUAAUGUGACUUAUAAUGCAAUGAUUAAUGGGCUCUGCAAGGUUGGUCAGAUGGAGAAGGCAAGUGAUAUCCUGAGUAAGAUGAUUGUAAUGGGUAUAAAACCUGAUAUUGAAAAUUAUAAUUGUUUAAUUGAGGGGUAUAGUCGGGAGCUUAAUAUGGUCAAGGCUAAUGAGCUGUUGGUUGAGAUGAAGGAAAGAAAGUUGACACCUACGGCAUACACUUGCGGCUUGAUCAUCAAUGGACUAUGCCGUUCUGGAGAUCUCCAACGAGCUAAUUCCAUUUUGGAGAACAUGGUUGCAGAGGGUUUGAAACCAAAUUCCAUUAUCUAUACUACUCUUAUAAAAGGUCAUGUUCAGGAAGGUAAGCUUGAAAAGGCAAUAAUAAUUUUCAAGGGAAUGAGGGAGAAAGGCAUUUUGCCUGACACCUUCUGCUACAAUUCCCUGAUAAUUGGCCUCUGCAAAGCAAAAAAGAUGGAAGAAGCAAGAACUUAUCUUGCUGAAAUGGUGGAGUGGGGAUUAAAACCAAAUACAUAUACUUAUGGGGCUUUCAUUAAUGGAUAUAGUAAAACAGGGGAAAUGCAGUUGGCAGACAGGUAUUUCAGAGAGAUGCUUGGCUGUGGUAUAAUGCCAAAUGAUGUUGUUUAUACAGCACUGAUUGAUGGGCACUGCAAAGAGGGGAAUACAAUGGAAGCAUUCUCAGUUUUUAGACUUAUGCUUGGACGAGGAGUGCUUCCUGAUGUGCAAACUUACACUGUGCUCAUCCAUGGCCUCUUGAAAAAUGAGAAACUACAGGAAGCAAUACAAGUUUUUUCUGAGCUCCACAAAAAGGGUCUGGUUCCUGAUGUUUUCACUUACAGCUCUCUCAUUUCUGGCUUCUGCAGGCACGGUGAUAUAAAAGAGGCUUUCAAACUUUAUGAUGAGAUGUGCCAGAAAGGAAUUAAUCCAAAUAUUGUUACCUACAAUGCGCUGAUCAAUGGACUAUGCAAGUCAGGUGACAUUAAGAGAGCUAGGGAACUGUUUGAUGAUAUAUCUGGAAAAGGUUUGGCACUCAAUGGUGUUACUUAUGCUACAAUCAUAGAUGGAUACUGCAAAUCUAGUAAUCUAGCCGAGGCAUUUCAGUUAUUGGAUGAAAUGCCAUCAAGGGGUGUGCCACCUGAUUCUUUUGUCUACAACUCCCUUGUCAAUGGCUGCUGCAAAGAAGGAAAUACAGAAAAGGCUUUAGCCUUAUUUCAUGAAAUGGUGCAGAAGGGCUUUGCAUCUACACAUACUUUCAACACUUUGAUUGAUGGAUUCUGCAAGUCCGGCAAAAUGAUUGAAGCAAUCCAAUUGGUGAAAGACAUGGUCAAUAAGCAAAUCAUGCCCAAUCACGUAACCUUUACAAUAUUAAUUGAUUAUCACUGCAAGGUGGGGAUGAUGGAAUCAGCAGAACAGCUUUUUCUGGAGAUGCGAAAAAAUAAUCUGAUGCCGACCAUUGUAACUUACACUUCGCUUUUACAUGGUUACAACAGAAUACAGGAUAGAUCCAAGAUGAUUUCACUUUUUGAAGAGUUGGUGUCAAGGGGUAUUGAGCCUGAUCAAGUAGUCUACAGCAUGAUGGUUGAUGCCCAUUAUGAAGAUGGGAAUUUAGAGAAAGCUUUGAAGCUUUGGGAUGAACAAUUGGACAAAGGUGCAAUGUCAAGCAGAAAUGUCUAUGAAGAAUUUGUAGAUGUCUGGUGUAAAAAGGAAAAUUGUUCUAAAUUAUUGGUGUUGCUUGAUGAAAUGGGAAAACGUGGACGUAUGCUAAGUCUCAGUAAAUGUAGCACUCUAGUCUGUGGGUUAUGUGAAGCAGGAAACUCAGACAAAGCGGCAAGUGUUCUGGAAAGUAUGGUGAGAAUUGGGUGGAUUCCAAACACCACAAGUUUAAGUGAGUUAAUCAAUCAACAUCAUGGCUCAAAUUCUGAGAAUUGUAGCACUCUCUCAAAGCAAGAAGCAUUAGAAGUUGCUUAAGUGACAAUCAAUCACCAUCAAACAGAUGGUUAGUUGCUAAACGUGACAGUGCGAAUUGCUGCUCCUUCAUACUUUUUCCUCUGUAGAUUCAUGGAACUAAAUGUUGAUGCUGGCCUGACCAAGCUGCUAAAGUGGAGUAAACCUAAAUGAAAUUACCAAAUGGAAACACUCACAGAUUGGUCUGAUUGGUUUGCUGCUUGCUGCACCUAAAAACGGUUCAACUCUUCCAGCCUUAUGGUGGCGCAUGUGAGCUUGGAAAGGCAAAUAUAAAUAAAAGAGGAUAACAGAAGGAAAGAGCUUGUGAAUUAGGUUUGGGUGAAUUCUGAGGGCAGUUCGCCGGUGCCAUUUACAACUUUACAAGGACCGGUUGCAUAAAUGAGGUUGCAUAAAUGAGGAUGCGAUGAUUGUGAAGCAAAGUUGCAGGCAGCGAUAGGAGAUACGGAAGCUGAAGCAACAGUUGCAAUGGCUAUGUAAAAGGACUGACUAAAAUGAGAAGCCUAUUUCUUUUGGAUUCAGGAGGAAAGUCUCCUGAAUCUGAUAUGGGAGGCUGACCUUUACUGCCAUGAGAGGGAUUAUUGAGCUUCAUGUUUUUGUCCAAUCUUUGCAGCUAAGCUUAGUAUCUCUCUUAAUUUUGUAAUUUGUAUCUUAUUACAGCCUCUCUAUUAAGCUACAAUUAUUCUUGUUUUAGUUACAGUUCAUGUGACAAUCCCUAGCAAUCUUCCAGGAUAUAUUCAUGUAUCCGUGGUGAACUCGGGUGUGUGUCCCAUCACAUAGAGUAUAAUGUGUAAUGGAUCGCAAUCCCACUUCACUUCC